AUGGGUAGUACUGCUCUAAAAGUUUCUAUCAUCCUUGCAUUAGCAUCACAAAUAGGGUUUUUAUCACCUGUUUUGGCCAAAUACAAUGUAGUGAUAGUCAACAUUUUAGGGGAGAAUGAAACGCUGAAUCUUCAUUGCCAAUCAAAAGAUGAUGACCUUGGUGUUCAUUAUGUGCCAUAUGCUGACUUUUUCGAAUGGAGAUUCAAUGUGAAUAUAUGGAGGACCACCCUUUUCUACUGUGAUAUGGGUUGGGGUAAUUUGAGAGGUCAUUUUGACAUAUUUGCUGCUAAAAGAGAUAUGAAUAGCUGUCAGUUGUUGAUUGGCAAAGAUGAUUCCUCCGUUCCUGAAUCAAAUAGGUCAUCUUGCACAUAG